UCAAAGCUGUUCCACAUGUAAUUGUUGAAGAACAAAUUAGCAUAAGUUCAAAAGAUUCUAAUGAACCUUGUGAUCUUUAUGAUGGAACUUGGGUUCCUGAUGAAGGGUACCCUUUAUACAAUGCAUCUCAUUGCCCUUUUGCCGAAACUAGUUUUAAUUGUUUAGCAAACGGUCGAAAAGACAACGGGUAUCUUAAGUGGCGAUGGAAGCCGAAUAAUUGCGAGAUUUUGAGGUUUGAUGUUGGUGUUGUGUUGGAAAAGCUUUGUGGGAAGCGGGUUGUGUUUGUCGGUGAUUCGUUGAGCAGGACUCAAUGGGAGUCGAUGUUUUGUUUGCUUAUAGGUCGGUUUUUUUGGUGCAAAUUGGCUCGGUUCCGAGACAUUCAUCGAAGAGGGUUAGGUCGACGGUUAAACUUGAUGAGUUGGAUAAUGUUAGUUCGAAGUGGAUUGAUUCUGAUGUUCUUGUGUUUAAUACAGGUCAUUGGUGGAAUCGUGCAAAGCUUUUUGAAAUGCAAGGAAAAUGAUUCUGAGGUGGCAGGCAACAACGAGCUUCCUGAACUGAAAGACAAGAUGAACUUGCAUACUAUGGAACAUCAGAGACAUAUUUUAAGGAUGCUUGAGAAAUCAUUGGAAAAAGAAAUAGAGUUACAGAAGAGCUGUAUUUCAAGAUUAGCAGGCCACUUUUAUCUUUUAUUCUAGCCUUUUUAAGCAAGAACAUGUGAUCCAUUUAUGUUUGUCAUAUUCAAUUCAAAUAAAGCACAAUGUUGGAUGAAUUUGUUAAUUUUAUAUAAUUUUGGAAUAAUAGGGUUUGAGCGAUGAAUUCAAUGAUUAAAAAAAUGUUAUUGUCUUUUUAUGAA